CGGCGAGCUAGAGCUAGCUGGGCAACAUCGGUACCAUUCCCAUUACCUUCGGCGUUGGAGAUAACAAAAGAUUUCGACAAUACGGUAGUCGUUUUUGUGCCACGGGAGGCUUACCAGUUCCAAGAUGUCGAUUAGCAGAAUGCAAGCAUUAAGUGCCGACGUUAUGAUAUUAAAGUACCGUACGACAUGAGAUCAUUUUUCCGAGUAACAUGAACGAAUCGGUUGUUAUUAGUUUUAGUGUUAACUCGUGACAGUUUCAAAGGUAGCUUUAUUAAAAUGGACCCGGGUAUAAUUUGUUUCCAACAUUGCGGUCCGAAAGUAUUUUGCUUUACACUGCCAGAAUCUUGCCCCACUUGCCACCAAGAUUUAAACGCCGCCGAUUUUUCUCUCUUGCCAUUUAGAGUUCCUUAUCCGUUCAUCAAAGCAUCCCAGUACCCAUGCGCUGUAGUAAUUAAACCAACCACCGGUGAUUUUCUAAACGACUACCACAAUUCCAAAGAUCUGCACAUAGGAGUCACCACGUCGGACGGAAGGGUGGUGGAAUUCGACCGGCAAGGGCUGCGCAACCACAGAAGCGCCCACUGGAACCAAUGCCUGCUGCUGGAGCAGGCGCCGGGGCCUUGGUGGGAGCACUGGGACGAGGUGCUGGGCGCCGUGAGCGCCCAGACGUGCUGGUCGCCGGAGAUAUACCGCGAGGACACGCACAAUUGCUUCUCCUUCGUCCUGACGUUCCUGGUCACCUUGGGCUACGGGAAGCUCAGCGGCGCCGCUAAAUGCAAGACGGUGUUUUGCGAGAACUUCAUCAUACCUCGGACGAGCUCGGCGGGGAAGUACAUCUCGUUGUACAGAAGGUUGAAGAACGGAGUGUACGUCCACCGGAUCCAGUAGCCGGUUAAGAAGUAAAUUGUGUUUGUCAGUAUUAUAUUUAUAUCGUAGUAAAUUGAUGAAUUAGUUCCUAAUUAAGGUUGAAAUUAUUAACAUUAAUUUUUGGUGGAAAAAUUUAACAUGUUGUUCUUCGUUUUAAAUUAUUAUUAUUAUUUUUUGAUAUUGUACGCUUAUUUAAGAAUCAUAUUUAUAUUUUUUGUUAGAUUAUACUAUAGAAAUGAG